AUGAUCUCAAGCAGCGGGACACAAAAACGAAGAAAACAGAAUGACGAUGAAGAGCUGAGGAUCAAUAAUGGUGGUGGCGGCGGUUAUGGACCGAUGGGUGGAGGCUAUGGCGGGUAUGACGGAGGUUACGGGGGUUCCUACGGAGGUGGUCCUUAUGGUGGAUAUGGCUCAAACGGUGGUGGUGGUGGCGGUGCCUACGGGGGUGGGAAUUACGGAGGGGGUUGGGGUCCAAAUCACAUGAAUGGAGAUGGUCCUGGCUGGGGCCAGGGAGGAAUGGGUGAUGGAUUUGGGCACUACGGGAACCAACAAAACUAUGCCGGUGGUCCGAUGCGCGGUGGCCCACCAGGCGGUUACCAGAGGAAUGCUCCCUAUGGAGGGGGCUAUGGCCGCCGUUAA